AUGUUAUUUACUAUUAUAUAUCGAUUCCCUUUAAUUGAAAACUUAGAAGAAUUUACAGGCUUAAAAGUAUUAUACUUUGAAGGAAACGGAUGCUCUGAAAUAAGCGGUUUAUAAAACUGUGUAAACUUACGUAGUUUAUACCUUUAGGAAAACUUAAUAAAGAAAAUAGAAAAUUUAGAAAAUUGCACAUUAAUAGCAAAUCUAAAUUUAUCUGAAAAUGAUAUAAAAAAGAUUGAAAAUUUAGAUAAUUUAAAAAAUUUAGGUACCUUAUAAAUUAAAAGAAAUCGUCUUGGUAUAGACGGAAAUAGUAUUGAAGCUUUAAAAGGCUUAUUAGAAGUUCCUUCAAUAAGUGUACUUGAUAUAAGUGAAAACAAGCUUGAUGAUGAAAACAUUGUGGAUGAAAUACUAGUCAAAAUUCCUAAUUUAGCAGUAUUAUAUUUAAAUGGUAACGAAUUAUAUGAUCAUCCUGUUUUUGAGGAAGAAAGAAGAUUUGCUGAAGCUUUCCAUAAAGGAGGUUUAGAAUUAGAAAGAGAAGAAAGGCAAAAAUUUAAAAAAGAAUAAGAAGAAGCACAUUUAAAAAAUCACUAUGCUUUUAGAGAAAUGAUUGAAAGAUAUAAAAGGGAAGCAGCUGAAGAAAAUGAAAAUAAUUAAUAAUAAUAACAAAAUUAAAUAUAAGACUAAUAAUAAGGAUAAUAAUAUGAAUAAAUUCCUGAAUUAGAAGUGCCUUCUAAUGAAGAGAGAAGAUCCUCAUUUUUAAACUCUAUGAAUAAAGUUGUAGUAGUAAAAGGAAAAAUUCUGAAAGCUCUAUUUCUUCUAUUAAUUAAUAAGAUAUUAAAUAACCUGAAAAUUGCUAAGUAGUAAAUGAAAGUGAAAACUCAAAUUAUUUAGAUGAAUUAGAAUGAGAUCGUCUGA